AUGUCUGCAGUGACGUCUCCAGACAUCCUGCUGACAGUUACAGCACAUCCUACGCAGUUGUUUCUAUUUUCUCUAUAUCAUUAUUCAGCCUUCAUAAACAAUGUGCAGGAUGUUGGCAAAGGAGUUAUCUUGGUUAGUGGAUGCAUUACUGAAAGGCUCAUGAUGUACUUCGGGGACAGUCUUGGAUUCCUCCCAAAGGUUCCAUACUAUGAUAAAGACCACCCGAACCCUUACGGAAUUGACGUGGUGCGGCCAAGCAGUCCAUUCUACAUUCAAACGGAGACUUCUUACAGUGGCUCGACAUUCUUCAACCCGCCGUCUUUCCUAGACGCGUCCCUUGAACCGGAGCUGCCACCAAAACCACAAGACCACCUCAUCCUUUCCAUCUCCGUGGCCAUCUUCUGUAACAUUCUCUUCGGACUGGCUGCUAUCUACUUUAGCGUGCUCUCCGACCAGUCCUACAGGGAGCUGGACUUGGAUUCCGCCAGGGAACACGGCCGGACGGCUUUCAAACUGAACAUGACUGGAAUAGUUGUGACCAUUGGUGUAAUCAUUAUAGCUGUCUCGAUGCAUUUUUUGGUCUUCACGAAAGCUGUGGAGGAGAUGACCAAAAAUCGAAAUGGAUAGAAGUGAGCACCAAAACUUUUCAAUUGCUCAUUAUCUUUAGAUAGUGGGAAGUCUCUUAAGAAAACAUUCUUUGAUGUCCUCUCCAACCGUCAUAAAGUGAG